AGUUUAGAGCACGUUCUGUUGACAGGCGUCGCCGUUGCUACUCGAUUCCGAUAACAACACAAGCGAAGGCACGGAGCUGUCGCGAGGUACGCGCCUUUAACUGGAUUAAGCCGAGAAAAGCCGUUUUGGUUGGACAGAGCUGAAGGCGGAUGAGCGCAGCCCGCGGGAGGGCAACUGUGUUACUGCGGCGGGGUCCAGUCAGCGAAAGAUGAACAAAAACCACCGAGUGCCGAGCAACCGAACUCUGAACGCCGUGGAGGUGAAGAGCAAGUUUGGAGCAGAAUUCAGGCGUUUCUCUUUGGACCGGUCCAAGCCGGGACGCUUUGAUGAGUUCUAUGGCUUGCUGCAGCAUGUGCACCGGAUCCCCAAUGUUGAUCUGCUUGUGGGUUACGCCGAUGUCCACGGGGACCUACUGCCAAUCAACAAUGAUGACAACUACCAUAAAGCAAUCUCCAUGGCAGCGCCCCUGCUCCGUCUCUUCUUGCAGCGGAAAGAGGAGGCAGAUUACUCUGCAUUCGGCACGGACAGUGUGACCCGUAAGAAGACCCCAGCGGCGCUCGCAGCAGUCCUCCUUCGACCAGAUGCCAACAAGAAGAAGCCUCCUAUCAUCAUCAGCCUGCCUAAAGAUUUCCGGCCAGUGUCCUCCAUCAUCGAUGUGGACAUCCUCCCAGAGACGCACCGCCGUGUCCGCCUCUACAAACAUGGUCAAGAGAAACCAUUGGGCUUCUACAUCCGCGAUGGUUCAAGCGUGCGCGUCACACCCCAAGGCCUGGAAAAGGUCCCAGGCAUCUUCAUCUCCCGCAUGGUCCCCGGAGGCCUGGCGGAGAGCACGGGACUGCUGGCCGUCAACGACGAGGUGCUCGAAGUCAACGGCAUCGAGGUGAGCGGGAAGUCUUUGGACCAAGUCACAGACAUGAUGAUCGCGAACAGCCACAACCUCAUUAUAACCGUCAAACCGGCCAAUCAGCGCAAUAACGUGGUACGCAGCAGCAGAGGUGGCAGCUCAGGACGAUCAUCUGACAGCAGCACCAGUUUUUAUGGUAACUCAACACCAGGUUCGAUGGCGAUGACCCCGUCCCAUAUUAUCCAGAACUAUGAACCGGACGAGGAGAGCGAGGAGGAGGAGGAUCUGGUGAUCGAGGCAGACAGAGGGGCUAAACUUUUUCCGCAGGCAGGGGCGCGGGCAACAGCCAGCACCAGCAUGCCCGCCCUGCCCAGAUACGAGCCCCACCUCGACCUCCGCCCCUCAAAUGGUACCAUGGCGAGCAGCAUGAGCACCAGGUCUCUGAAUGCCCAUGACAGGGGAUUAGAAGGGCGAAAUCUAGAGGAGGGCACAGUCAUUACACUGUAAAGACACACACAGCAUAUAAUCACACACACUUGCCAAUACAUACUUUUGUGUGCCAUAGGAUUGAAAAUGCAUGUCAGGAACAAAAGAGAAGGCCAGAAACCACAGCACCUUACAGCACUUCUCUAUAACAACAGGACCUUGAUGAGGUAGUUCUCAUCAUCAAACCCGUGGAGAGCAGCACAGCACCAAAAUAGCUAUUUCUUGAGUAAUAAUGAACUUCCUGAGUCAGUGCGAUUUAAUGAAUGCAGACGGCACCAUAUGAGUCAUGACAAUCUUUUUUUCCUUUGACAACCACACCCUUCAGAGCCACGAGGCUCUUGCGUUAUCAGAGAACAAAGUACAAUGGGUUUCACCCAUCCUCUGCGUUACCAUGGUAACUGAGUCUGGCUGCACUACAGAACUUCAGAAGGAACUGAAAUAAGCUCUUCAUCUGUUCCUGUCUGCAACACUAACACUCUCAGCGUACAGCUUCUUCGUGGUAAUCAAGGGAAUCUUGAACCUUUAGGCUUGAGUGAAUGUUUAGGAGAUAUUUUUAUGUGAGUGGACAGUUGUAGACUGCUGCCUCGGUUAAAAUUCAGAUGUCUUAUCAUCUCAGAAGUUUUUAAUCAUAGCCAAAAAGACAGAUGAUCAAUGUCAUAUUUUUCAUACUGAUAUGUUUUAUUGGUAUCACUUAUAUUUCUUUAUUACAAGGGCUAUCAUCCUGGUCUUUGCUACCUGUGGUUUAUUUUACCCAUUGAUCUUACUUGAUAACCCUGUCUGGGGUUUUGUAAUACAGAAAUAUCAAUAAUGUUUCAAGGGAGCGCUCGGAUGUGGACACUUGGUUGUUUCAUUUCUGAAGAGCGACUCUACCUUGACACUUUUCACUAAGGUUCAGCUUGUUAACAUUAGAAAGAUCAGCCGAAAUUAAUAUUCUGUCAUCUUUUACUCAGAUCUUGUGUCAUUUUAUAACUUUCUUUCUUCUGUGGAGCAUAAAAGCAGAUAUUUCCAUACAUGGAGAGUUCCUGUUGGGAACAUGGUGUGAGUAUAUGAUGACAGAAUUUACAUUUUCCUGGGAGUGAACUAUACAGUACACUUAAUGCAUUAGGUAUCUUAACCAACUAUUUAUAAUAUUUCUUACAUUAUCUAUGUUAAUUUCUGCAUACACUUAUAUUUACUUUUUAACAUUUAAGUUAAUGUUUAAAUAAACAUUAGAUAAUGCAUAAUGAGACAUGAACAAUAGUAUAUGUAUGAAUCAGCAUUAACCAGGAUUAAUAAAAGCUGUAAAAAUGGCUCACUUUUGGUUCAUGACACAUAACUCAUUAUUUAAUGUUAACAAAUUGAACCUUAUUUUAAAGUGUUACCUCUAACAAUAAGUGUUGCAGUCGAAUUACGGAGAAAACAACCCUUAAUUUGUAGUGAAUUACUAUGAAUAUUGAAUAUAUGCCAAAAUAUUCAGUAUCUUUCCCUCUUUAUAUGAAGAUUUUUUUGUUGUUGUUGUUUUUUUGGGAGCAUGUCAGCAGAGUACCAGCCAAACCCUUCAGAAAGUAUGUAACAGUUGGGUUAGUUGCAUCAUUACUAUGGGACAGACAUGCAUAAUUUAUUAUUAUUAAUAUUUUUUAAUUCAACUGGUUGAAAUCUGUUGUGAAGUCUAGUCAAAAAUGCACAAUUAAUCAUAUUGUCAUCUAAUGUCCAUACCCUUCACUCUCUGUGUACGGUAAAGUGAGGUCUUCCUACUUGAGUGAUAAUUAUUCUUUCUAAAAAUGACCUCUGGACAAAUGAACAAAUGUUAUGCUCUUACUUUGAAAGCAUUCCUUUAAGUUCAGAUGGCUGUAGGUACAUUUCUCCCCCUUUCAACCUUAUACAUACAUCAUAAUGAUAUGCAUGAUGUUACAGCUGUAAGCUUGUCAUAUACAAUACGAUCUUCUGAGAUCUCAAAGUGUGUGUCAGUGGAUACACUGGAAGAGACUGACGGGAGACAGAUGUGCCUACGCUCUUACGGUUAGGACCUGCUCUUAGAGAUUUAGCCGAAGUAGCCUUUCAUUAGAUCCCCUUUUUAUCACUUUCAUGGCACUUACAUUACCAAAAUCUGCUUAGAGUAGCACACGCACUGUAGCUGUGAUCAUACACACUUCAUCCUGAUCAUUCAUUUUUAUCGUACAAACGACAUAUUGAAUGAAGUCUUUAGCUGUGUUAAUUUAUUUUUAUAUUAACCACUACAUACGAUUUGGAAUUGGAAUCACAGAAAUUUUAUUUAUUUUAA